AUGGAAGGCGCUGCUGCAGAUAUCGAGGCGGCCAACGUUGCCAAUCCAGAGAGGGAGUGUCGUUUUGACUUCCCUCGUGCCUUACGAGAGCUAGCCGCAGUCAUCAGGAAGGAAGGAAGGUCGUACUACGUCUUCGAGGCGGCCCGGAACGACAGCCUCAUGAACCACUUCAAUCCGGCUAUUCUCCUAGGGUGGCUAGCCAAUAUCGACAUAUCUCCUUGCACCAGCUUACAGGCGGUAAUCACGUACGCUGCGAAGUACUGCAGCAAAUCUGAGAAGAAGACGGAGCCUUACUGCAAGCUUGCAGAUCAGGUUUUGCCGCAUACGGCACAUCUUCAGCCCCUAUUGUCCUUCUCCUCUCGCCUCAUGAAGUUUAACGACUUCUGCCGUGUUAAGUUGAUGAUGGUUCAUCCACAUCGCUCUCCACGAGAGUUGCUCGUAAUGGACGGGCAGCGGUUCGACUCCUUCGCGGCUGCGUACAAGUUCUGCAGGCAGCUCCACCAUACCCAUGCGGACGAUCAUUAUGGGGAUCCAGAUGCAAAAGGAUUGAGGGCAGAGGACGAUGAAUUUGAGCCUGAGGCCCAUGAGGAGCCCGUCACAGAGGAGGACUGGCAUGAACUCGCCCGCAUGCUGCCUGACCGGCCGCUGGAGAAAGAAGAUAUCGAUAUCCUCGGCCGCCGAGAUAUCGACAUCAAUUAUGAUUGGACGCCUCACGUUGGACGGUAUACCGACGAUGGCAUUCUCAACGGUGACUACUGGAAACAA